CGAUGUAACUAAUUAAACUAAAAGCACAAGUGUCAUUUGUCAUAUAUUUUUAAAAAAGAACAACUUCCAAAGACUCAAUAGUUUAAAUUGUUCAGAAUGGUGGGAAUAAGCACAAAGAAAAAAAAUUUCUCCCUAUUAGUAAAAUUAGUUUUCUGUUAUGAAAAACUCAUCGGCUUGUGUCCAGUCGUGUUGGGAAAAAAUGGAUAUUUAAUUAUCUCAAAUACAGGGGCGAUUUAUUCACUAAUUCUCUGUAUUGUAUACUCAAUUUUUUAUGCACGUGCAUUAAUUAAUCGAAGUGAAACAGUUUUUCCCAUGGAAACAUUUAUUGCCGCAACAGUUGCAACAUACGUUGAUGGAAUGCAAUUUAUAAUAGUAAUCAUUGCCUGGCUAAUAUUUGCAUUUCGUCAAAGGAGAAUAAUAUUUAUUUUCGAGAAUUUUGAAAAAGCUGACAGAAUCGCUAGAAAAUUGGGAAUUAAAGAUGAAAAUCAAUCAAAUAUCAAAAUGCUAUGUACACGUAUUAUUUGUGUAAACAUUAUUUUUGGUGGAUUAUUUUUUUCAAAAAUUGCAUUUUCAUCGAUUUCACCAAUUUUCAAGUGGAUUAUUUGGGUGCCCUUUGAAUUUCCACAUAUUGUUAUUCAUAAUUUAUUUACGUUAUUUAUCACUGCUUUGGAUAUACUCGAGAGACAAUUUCAUAAAUUAAAUAGUAAUUUAACAAAAUUAACGGUGAUCUUUCUGAGGAAACACUUGUGUGAAAGAUCAUUAUCACGUGAUGGGGAAUUUCCGCAUUUUUUAAAUUCUUUACCAUUGAUUCUCAAUUAUUUUGGUAAAUUACAUGACGAAUUAAUGGAUCUCAGUGAAAUGAUAACAGAUUUUUUUGCCCCUGUUACUUUAAUGGCAUUAUUAAUAUCAUUUUUACAAGUUGUGAAGAAUUCCUAUUUUUUUUGUUUAUUUAUAACAGAUUUUAAAGUUCACGAGAGAAGUGAUUUAUUAGCAACAAUGUAUGGUUCCCUUUGGAUCAGUGUUCUUGUUUUGGAAUUUAUUUUUCUCUCAUUUGCUUCUGGAACUAUUUGUUAUGAGGCAAACAACACUGGAAAUGCACUUUUAAAAUUAUGGGUAUAUUACAGACCAGCAAAUUGUCAAAAAUCUAUUAUAAAAUUCUCGCAUCAAUUAAUUCAAAGGAAACUUAAAAUCUCUUUAUAUGGAUUCAUUGACUUGAAUUAUCAUUUUAUCUACAAGAUUUUUGGAGCUUUAACAACAUAUCUCAUAAUUAUGUUGCAAAUGGACGAUGAUUAGUUUUACAAAUCAAGACAAAAAUAAUUAUAAUAUUCUAGUAUUAUAAAGAAAG